AUGGAGGCACUCGACGACCAAAUUGAUGUGUCCAUGGCGAGGAGGGUCGAAAUCGAUGCCCAGAAUGCUGAGCUCCAGCUUGUCGUUGACGAAGCAGACUCUCGAAAACGCCAGCUGCAGGAGCAGGUCGGUCGACUUCAGGUGGACGAGGUGAAGACCGAGGUGGAGGACCUCUCCACGCGGCUCGAGACCAGAGACAAAGAGCGAAAGGAGCAGGAGCUCCUCAGGGAAAUGCUGGACAGCGCCCACAUGGUUUUCCGACGAGAGUCGCCGGAAGAGGUGGGGGCAACCUCUCUACAAAGAUCCCGAAAAACGAAGAAAGAUUGUAGCCAAGGGGCCUUGUGCGGAAGGCGACUAAAGUAUUCAGGCUGCACCUCGUAA